GAGAAAUGGGACAGGUCGAACAAAGCAAAAGUGGCACCUCCAGAGUACAGUAGUAUACACCAUCCACCGCUCAAAUGUCUGAAUAGCCAAUGAUUGAUUCAUUUGGUGCUGGGUCCACACACCACUUACACUACACCCGUACACACCCGAUCCUUAUUCGCUCCAAACCCCUCUUCUUCUCUUCUUUUAAACACACAUUCGUCGUCAUCGGCCCUUCCUUUUGUCUCCCUUUCACAACUUGUCCGAGAUUCCCUGUAUUCUCCAAUCUUCUUUGUUCUUGUUCUAGAAACUUCUAUGGCGGCGACGGCGAGUUCAACAUGGCAGCCGCAGGAGGAAGGGUUCAAAGAGAUCUGUGGAUUAUUGGAGCAACAAAUGUCUCCUGCUACUUCCGAUAAGUCUCAGAUUUGGCAACAACUUCAACACUACUCUCACUUCCCUGAUUUCAAUAACUAUCUCACUUUUAUCUUCGCCCGUGCUGAGGGGAAGUCAGUCGACAUUCGGCAAGCAGCUGGGUUGCUUUUAAAAAAUAACCUGAGAGCUGCAUUCAAAAACAUGCCUCUCGCCAACCAGCAAUACAUAAAAUCAGAGUUGUUACCUUCUCUAGGGGCGACAGAUAGGCACAUAAGGUCUACAGCUGGAACCAUUAUAAGUGUUCUUGUACAAAUAGAGGGAUUUGCUGGAUGGCCGGAGUUGCUGCAUGCUCUUGUCAGUGGCUUGGACAGUAACGACAGUAAUCACAUGGAGGGUGGCAUGGAUGCUUUAUCCAAGAUAUGCGAGGAUGUGCCAAGUCUUCUUGAUUCUGAUAUACCUGGAUUAUCUGAACGACCAAUAACUAUUCUCCUUCCAAGGUUUCUCCAGCUUUUCCAGUCACCUCAUGCUUCUCUCAGAAAGCUUUCAUUGAGUUCUGUGAAUCAAUUUAUUAUGCUGAUGCCUACAGUUUUACUUUUAUCUAUGGAUAAAUAUCUUCAAGGGUUGUUUCUUCUUGCCAAUGACCCUGCUCCAGAUGUGCGGAAGUUGGUUUGUAUGGCAUUUGUUCAACUGGUUGAAGUUCGUCCUGCGUUUUUGGAGCCUCACUUGAGAAAUAUCAUAGAAUAUAUUUUGCAAGUCAACAAGGAUCCAGAUGAUGAGGUGGCGCUUGAAGCCUGUGAGUUCUGGUAAUGUACUACUUCCUCUGC